GCGUUUCUGUGAACUGACGAUUAUUUAGAAGUUUUUUAAGGUUAAGAGUUAGCCUAGUUCAUUUAUUAUCAACCUGAUUGAAAGCUCAGUGUGCCACAUUUAAUUUUUAUUAUUAUUAUUUUUUCAGUAAUAAACGAAAUCAGCCACGGCAACAUUUAAACGCUCAUUUGUUUUGAAAAUUACCAAAAGCAUUGAGAAUAUUUAUAAAAUAUGGAUGAGAGCGACGUGUUCGAAACCGUGAUUGUGGAAACGCCUAAGGUGCGUUCGGCGCAGGGCGGCGAAGAGUCGGCGCAGAACGGCUUAUCCGCAGCCGGCAAACUUCGGCUACUGCUCACCUCUUCCCGGGCCAGAAACGUAAUCUUUCUGGCACCCAGCGCUCUGCCUGAAGUUAUAACUGUCAACUACAAGUAUGAGUCCAGUACUCUCGACUCCAUUUUAGGAGAGGUCCGCGAGAAGCUACAGGGCCACCGUGUGGAGAGCAUAGCGAUGGUCGUGACCAGCACAGAGAAGGAACUCAGCCUCUGCGGUGUUGGUGAGAAGGUGUUGAACACACACACGGCCAGCACGGACGUGUCAGUGCGUGAGUUCUUCAAGUCGCUGUGCGAGCGUCACUUGGAGAAGUCGCGCGCCAACGCCCGCCUCGACUUCCUGGCGGCACACACCGCGCACACGCACGACGGUCCUGUCAUCUGCGCCGCGCUCCACCAUCUCCUCGAGAUCCCAGUGAGCAUGAGUGUGGACUUGCAAGGCACAAAUGUAGAUGUGAUCCGAUGGAAAGGUGGAGGAACCUCGAAAAUUCAUCUCGGGGAACUCUACUUUGACCUCAAGAGGAUGAAAAACUUCGCCAAGAUGGCGGGCAACGCCGCCAAGACUCGCCAGAAAGACAUGGAUAAUUACGAGAUGAUCAGGACCGUCGGUAAAGGUGCCUUCGGAACUGCGGUAUUAUAUCGCCGCAAGGAUGACGACACUCUGGUCAUUAUCAAAGAGAUCAACAUGUUGGAUUUAUCUGCUGCUGAGCGGCAGUUAAGCCUUAAUGAAGUCAACGUUCUGGCCAUGCUUGACCACCCCAACAUCGUCAGGUACAUGGACAGCUUCGAGCUGGACACGAAGCUGUGCAUUGAGAUGGAGUACUGCGACGGCGGGUCCCUAGCACAGUUCCUGACUCAGCGCUCGACGCGGCUCGAGGAGCGAGAUAUUCUCGUCAUCUUCCAUCAGAUCUGCGCUGCCAUCAGACAUAUGCAUGAGCAUCAGAUCCUCCACAGAGACUUGAAGACGGCAAACCUUUUCUUGACGAAGCAAGGGAUCAUCCGCGUUGGCGACUUCGGGAUCAGCAAGAUGUUGAGCACGCGUCAGGCGCACGCCAACACCGUGCUGGGCACGCCCUACUACAUCAGUCCUGAGAUGUGUGAAGGCAAACAGUACGACGAGAAGAGCGACAUCUGGGCACUUGGGUGCAUCCUCUACGAGAUGGCCUGCCUACAGAAGACCUUCGAGGGCUCCAACCUGCCUGCGCUUGUCAAUAAAAUCAUGCGGGGGCAAUUCGCCCCCAUCAAAGGCAACUACUCGCCAGGCUUCAAGCAACUCGUGCGAGAUCUGCUCCAGCGAGACCCCGAGUUCCGGCCCACCGCGGCCGAGCUGGUGACAGAACGCAUCCCCGAGCUGCUGUCGCAGUUCUCCGUGGAGAGCGUCGGGGUGGAGCAGAUAGACGAUGAGCUGCGGCAGUGCAUCGACGCAGUCAAGAGGAGUCAAGGCAACCGGUCGUCGCGGCCCCUGCGUUCAGUGGUCUACCACAUGAAGAUCUAUUCGUCGUCAAUGCAACUCAUCCCAGUGCCUCUGCCGCCACGCACGCGUGUCAAGGAGCUUGCCGUCUCCACCACGCACGUCAUCGUCCUCUCCGCCGAGUAUUUGGUGUACACGUGGGGUGAGGGCAAGAGGGGACAGCUGGGGCACGGAGUGCUGGAGGCCUGGCGCGGGGUGCCUGCUGUCGUCGAGGCGCUCAGGGGCAAGACCAUGACCAGAGUCGUCGCCGGCGACGGAUUCUCUGUGUUCGCCUCCGACAACGGCAUCAUCAUGACGUGCGGGGACGGCACUACAGGCUGCCUCGGCCACGACGACUGGAACUCUUCGGCCAAACCCAAACUUGUUGAGAAGCUGUUAUCAGUUGAUGUGGCUGGACUGUCGUGCGGACAACAGCACGUCGUGGUCGUGGGAUCAGAAGGCGACGUGUACUCCUGGGGCAAGGGGCAGAGCGGUCGUCUGGGACAAGGGAACGAGGAGGACUGCUGCGUGCCCCGGGAGGUGGAGGUGCCUGGUGACGCGGUCAUGACGAACGUGCGCUGCGGCGGUGACGGCACCAUCCUAAUUAGCGACCAGGGGCUCAUGUACGCCUGCGGCAACAACGCCCAUAACAAACUCGGGCUUUCUGACGCUGGCGGACUCUUUAACAUCAAACAAAAGAAUGACAUCAAGCAGGCCCUAGUGCCCACCAGAGUGCGCAGCAUAGAGUGUCGCGUCGUGGACGUCUCCAUGGGACCUUAUCACACCGCCAUUCUCAAGGAAACUGGCCAGAUUGUAACGUUCGGGCGUAACUGUGAGGGACAGCUGGGCCGCGGCAAUUGUAAGCCCUGCACGCAGCCCGUGUUGGUGAAGAGUAUGCAGGAGAAAGUCGUUACGAUGAUGCACUGUGGAUCGACCUUCACUGUCGUAGGUACGCUCGAGAACGCCAUAUACUUGUGGGGCACCCGCGCCGUACUGCCCGCUUCACGACCCACCACGCAGGACGGCUUCACCAUGUCCUUGGGGCGACGACCGCCCUCAGACCUCAGCGCCAGGGAUCCGGAAUUCAGCUUCAGUGACUCCUCCAGGAGAGGCAGUCUUUCGACCCCAGCCAGCGCGAACAGCGACUCGUCGCGACGUACAGCGGCUGAGAACGACAGAGACCUCAAACUGAAGGACGUGUUGCUGCAGCCCCAGGAGAUCCUGGCAUUGUACGCAUCGCCCGCGCAGGUCGCUAAGGGGGAGACCGUCAACUUGGCCUCUCUGAAUUGCCAGAACCAGAGCGUCUUCGUGGUGGUUGACACCACGGCGCCUCUACCCAAGCACUUGAGAUCACAGUCGCUGGGCGGGUCGGGCAAGACGACAGCUCAACAGCCCAAAGAAGAAGACAAGCCGCCGUCUCUGGAGGCCGUCAAUAGAAGACCUGCGCCGCCCCCUGACCAAGAGAUGGACUCCAUGGGACCGGUGCCGGCGUGGCUGAGCGCUGAACUGAACGAAGCUGGCAUCGCUUGGAGCGGUUCCAAGCCUGAGACGAAGCCUGUCAACCAACGCCCUCUGACAUCGCAGUCACUGCCGUCCUACACCCAGCGGCGCUAGGCUACCACCAUCUCCUCCAUUGUCUUUGAUGUGUCAGGAAUAUAUAUAUUUUGUGAGAUGCUUGAUGUGUUGCUUGCAUAACAGGCCAUGGAUAAAAAAAAUUGUAGGUACAUAAAUACACUUAGAACUUCUCAGGUAUGACGCGUGAAUACAAUGAGCUCUUAUUUUUACUAGUGAUCUGUUUUUUAUUAAAGAAAUAUGGAGGCUAGAAAAAUAUUCUCAAUAGGAAGUGUUUUUUGAAAGAUUGAAUUUCUUGAUUUCCAUGGCACAAAAAAUGACUGGGAAUACCUGUAAACAAUCCCUAGUGACAUCUACCUCCGAGUCGAGAAUAAAGUAGAAAUUGUUCUCCAACAAAACCUUCAGUAUUCAUAUUAGCUUACACACGAUGCGCAGAACUCUAUUAUCAAUUAGUAAAUCAUGAAGAAGCCUAACAGCACGAGCCACUUCAUGAUGAUAGCUUCAAGUGCGUGGCCAUUUAAAUAUAUUAAUAGAUUCAGAGUUUCAGGGCAACCUUCUGCGUGUUAACUUAAUGGGACCAAUUUAUGUCACACCGGCGGAGGCUCCUCUUGUGUAAUAAAAUUGUUGACAUCUCCUCUACGGCAGCAGAGAAGUAUACAAUCGAAAUUAUUCAUAAUUCAUAAAGAAUGGUGAUUUAUUUCUUUGUCCAAUGUAGAGGGCGCCAGCGAAUUUAGUGUAUCACCUGUCAACGUCGCACUCAUCAGUGCUCUCUAGUGAUGUAAUUUGUCGACACAACAUUGUGAGUUGGUUUAAUUACAUAGCAUCGCGAUAGAUAAUUAAGAUAUAUUUGCUGUACAUAAAAUCUAGGGGAUAUUAGAAGUAAUAAAUUCUACUUAAAGAUACUGAAUAUGAAUUAUCUUGGGACGUAAAAUACUACGGAGUCUGCAAUUUAUUAUUUUAUUUAUUACCUCAAGAUCAAACGCUAAAGUUUGAAUGGCGAGGCCCGAAAAAAAUACAAGUAAUGUUUUCACUGCCCAAGAAGACCUUCUUUGAGCAUGAAUAGAUAUGGCUAGGCGCAUACUAUUCUAUUUACACUACCUGAAACGGGGAUAAAUAAAUAAAUUAGGAAAUAAUA